UCAACCAGCUCCUAACCCUCUCUGCCUUCCCAUCUCACCUCCGGACAGAAGCUGCCCGUUUAGUCUCUUGUGUCUACUGGAGCUAAAAGGCACACUCCUCACGAGUAUCACUUUAUGUCCCACUUCCGUAGUAACUUUAACUGGAAGUCAUGCCAAAUUUCACUAGGAACAUUUAAAUGUAUCUAAGACUGAAAACAACAUGAGCAUGUUUUUGUUGCUAUGAGAACCUUCUAUUUUGUAUCAGAAAUUGCAGCCUUGACGACGCAAUGUUUGCGCUUUUACACGUUUUUCUACAGCUAUUCCUCUCCUGUAGUAAUAAUAGUCUAAUGGCUCUGGUUUCCUCUUGCACUCGGCCCAGUUUUCCGUUUUAGCUCUAGUUCUCAUAGGCUGUGCGCUGGCCUUUUCUGGGAGGGCGGGGAAGACUGGCCGGGAGAAAACGCGGAGGGCAGCAGCCUGUGAAUGGGAAAGGGGAGGAGGCUUGAUUGCAGGUUGGCAAUCACUCCCUUGGGAGCCGGCCCUUUCACCCAGCUCUCCCGGCUGCGUUUUCAAAUCUGCAGUAAAAAUUCGAGCAACGCCACGUCGUACAAACAGUAGAGGAGGGGGGAGAGUAGUGUGUCUGAGAUGUCCCCAGAUGGGUAAGAAUUAUUUAAUACUAAGGGGCUCGGAACCUUAGUAUUAAAUAAUUCCCCGAGGCCUGAGGGAUCAGGGCUCAAGCCUUGGCACUGGAGGGCAAAGGCUGAAAGGGCCCGGAUGCGUGGCCAGUGGGUCUUGGGCGACUGGAGCGGCCUCUGGUCGCCCGGGCGCUGCAGCUGCACGUGGCGGGAAGUGGGGCAGGGCGCGCGUUCGCAGCACUCCCCCCUCCCGGCACUCUCUCGCCAAGGUCUCCUACCCAGGGGAUUCGGAGCGGCCUAUCCUCCCAGCGGGGGCUGGAGGGGGGAAAGGGCGCCGCGACCUAGGUUAACGAUAGGCAUCUCCCAGGCGACGGGCUCCGCAACAAGAUGGCGGAGGAUAGAGAAUGGGAAAGCACAGAGACAGCAGUAGCAGAAUUACACAAAAAAAUCAAAGAAGCUUUUGAAGUGUUUGACCAUGAGUCGAAUAAUACAGUGGAUGUGAGAGAGAUUGGAACAAUUAUCAGGUCAUUAGGAUGCUGCCCUAGUGAAGGAGAGCUACAUGACCUGAUUGCAGAGGUAGAAGAAGAAGAACCCACUGGAUACAUUCGAUUAGAAAAAUUUCUUCCAGUGAUGACCGAAGUAUUACUAGAAAGAAGAUACAGGCCAAUUCCAGAAGAUGUCCUUCUUCGUGCAUUUGAGGUAUUAGAUCCAACUAAACGUGGGUUUCUCACUAAGGAAGAACUGAUCAAGUAUAUGACUGAAGAAGGUGAGCCUUUUUCUCAAGAAGAAAUGGAAGAAAUGCUGUCUGCUGCAAUUGACUCAGAAUCAAAUUCAAUUCAUUAUAAGGACUACAUAACAAUGAUGGUGGUAGAUGAUAAUUAAACACUCUAAAGACUUAAUUUCUAAUUCAAAGGACAAUUAAAAAAUUGCUUUGUCCUUGUUAAUUUCACAUUUUAUCUUGUAAUUCCUACAUCUGAUAAUUAAUACCUCUUGACACAGCUAUUUCAAGAUAUUUUGUUUUUUAAGAUGAUUGUAACAAUUGAAAUAUAAAUAUACUUAGUAUGUUUAGCCUGUAGAAUAACAAAUUGCUAAUUAUUUAAAUACUAUUCUUACAACAUUUUAACGUUGUCCAUGGAUUGUUGUUUAUUUUCUAUAAUAAUACCCAUGUUGCCUUCAAAUUAAUUAAACUGACAGAAUGAAGAAUGACUGGAAUGGCCCAAGGUUUGGCACAUAAAGAUCUUGGGAAGGGGCAGGAGGACCACAAAUUGAAAAUAAUAGCAAUAUGAUUAAGUCUUCUUUUUUAAACAACAACUACCUCAGCAAUCUGAAUGUGGAAAGAGAGUAAUUGAAAUGAAUAUUAAUAAUUGAUUCUUUAUGAGUACCAACUAUAAAUUUAUUUUUGAGAUAAUAGUAAGUUAGUAUAAAAAUUUUAAUUUGCUGAUCCAGCAUGUUACCGUUUACGGAAUAGCUAAAGAAGUUGAGAUAACUGAAUCUAGAGAAAAGAAGACUGAGUGGAAAUUGAACACGUAAAGUAGAGAUAAUUCUCUCCUGGUCUUUAGAACUCUCGCCUAUUCAGAAUAUCUCUCUUGGGAAUAUUGUCCUGAAUAUUGACUAAGAAUAUUGAAAAAUUUUAUGGAGUGCAGGAGGUACAGCUGUUCAAAGAGAAGAAUAAAGUUACCUGAGCACAAGAAGUGACAAUGGAAGAAUGCACAGGGACUUACAAGCAAAGAGGAAUGUAAGGUAAAGGAAAGUGUUCAAUUACCUAUUUAUUAUUUCAUAAAACACAACACACACACUGUGAUCUCUAUUUAAAGAUGGCUUCCCCAGUAUAUGUGUACAUAUACAUACAAAUGUAGUUAUUCCUCUUAGGCAUGCAGUCUUGCUCCCCAACAGAGGAGACUGCUACCCAAGAGACUGUCACUGUUCAUUCAUUCAUGAAACACUUACUGAGUAUCAUUAGGUAAUGUGCUAGGAACUAGAGAUGCAAGAUGAAUAAAUCCCUAACUAAUCAAGCUCAAGUUUAGUGAGGAAGACCUGCAAGUCAGCCAGCAAUCCCAUUUCAAAUAGGAGAAUAUUCAGGGUACUAUGGAAGUACAUAGAGGGGCAGCUAACUUAGCCUGGUAGGGAGGGAGGUUGAUGGGAGAGAUGGGAUGCUGAGUAGAGAAGGCUUCCCAGGAUAGGUAACAUCUGACUUAAGAGCAAGUAAUUUACUAAAUGGGCGACAGGGCACAGGGUAUUCCAACAGGAGAGCAGCAAGUACAGAAAACCCAGAGGUGGCAUGAAAUGUGGAACAAUCUGGGAUUUGAAAGUUCAGUAUGAUUGGUGUAUAGGAGAUUUGGAGGACGUGACGAGAAAUGAAAUUGGAAUGGUAGAAAGAAGCUGUAUCAUUAA